AUGGCUUUUCGCCGUGCCCUGGCCCGCCCAGCGGCCUCUGCGCCGUUGAUAUCGUCCUCCGCCAACCCGAAGCCGGUGCCUCGCUUCCAAAUUUCGCCGCGUUCUCCAUGCCGGACGACAUCCAGUUCCACGUCUGCUCUUGCGUAUAAAGCUUUACACCGUCGUUCGCCGCUCAAGCUUCCCGCUUCCGACCAUGCUCCCCAGUGGAACGCUCCCGCGGCAGUCUCGUCGAUUCUGUACGAGACUCCGCUGCCGCCGACGAAUCCUCCCAAGCGCCAUAUUCUGAACUGCCUCGUCCAGAAUGAGCCUGGUGUGCUCUCCCGUAUCUCGGGGAUCUUGGCUGCUCGAGGCUUCAACAUCGACAGCCUAGUGGUCUGCAACACCGAGGUCGAGGAUCUGUCGCGCAUGACCAUCGUCCUGCGCGGACUGGACGGCGUGGUCGAACAGGCUCGUCGCCAGCUGGACGACCUCGUCCCCGUCUGGGCUGUCCUGGACUACACCAACGCACCCCUGGUGCAGCGCGAGCUCCUCCUGGCCAAGGUCAGCAUUCUGGGACCGGAAGUCUUCGAGGAACUGCUCCAGCACCACCGGGAGAUGACUUCGGAAGAGGCACCAGAGAAGAGCAAGGAGAAAGGCAAGGAGGAUCCAGAUGCGAAACGGGAGAAAGAGAAGAUGACUGCUUCCCUUUCAGACACGGACUUCCACCCGCGGAACCUGCCUGCUAGUCAGGCCCUGCGGCACAAGCACGAGCACCUGGACGCCAUCACCCGUCUUACUCACCAGUUUGGCGGCAAGGUGUUGGACAUUAGCACGAACAACUGCAUUGUUGAACUGUCCGCCAAGCCAUCCCGUAUCGACUCCUUCCUCAAGCUGAUCGCUCCGUUCGGUAUCCUCGAGUCCACCCGUACCGGCUUGAUGGCCCUGCCUCGUUCCCCUCUGAGCGACCCGACCGAAGAGGUGGAAAAGGAGGCCGCCGACGUUGUCGACGCCAGCACCCUUCCUCCGGGUUAA